AUGUGCGGCAGUUGGUGGAGCAGCGCAGCGGUGACCCACGGGCUCAUCGCUUUGUUCGCCAUGGGCUCGUGGAUUUCCGUCAACAGUCUGUGGGUCGAGCUCCCGGUGGUUGUCAGCGUGCUGCCCGAAGGUCAGUUGACGUCUGGGGACUGAGUUUACCUUAACUGGCCUUUGGUCUGUUAGUCAUCCUGUAGACUUCGAUUAGAAAGGAGGGAGAGGAUUUAUAUUAAUUUACUGUUUAAUUAAUGAAGCUUUGGAGUCCUCUUUGGGACAUUAGCUAAAUAUAAGGGGCGGUGGCUUAUAACAGAUGAUUACAGUUAACAAACUAAAUGGAUGUUGAAGUUACAUGUAUGUUUUUUUGGAAGUUUUUCAGGUAAAAUCAAUAAAAUUAUCUAAAAUCAGAUUUUAAACAGUCACAAGAGAGAAAAAAUGUGCACUUUGGAAUAGCCCAACACAACACAAUACUCACUAAAUACGUAUGACACUAUUAACACCAACUUAUACUCCAAAUUUUCAUUUUAUUUUUACUGACUUCAGUCCAUAUUGUCCGUUUUUUCUUUCUAAAUGUGGUCAUCUUUUAAAAUACUGUCUUAUAACAGAGUAUUUAACCUAACAGGUAAUAUAGUUACAGGUAAGUUAGUCAAUACUAUGACAUAUAAAUGUUAGAAAUACUGAGUUCAGUCAUUUAGUUUUCUUUUGAUUGAAAUAUUAAGUGUAGAAAUGACCAUGAGUCGGAUGUUUCUGUACUCUAAAUCCCUUUUUUAAUUAAUCUUGGGAAUAAUUCUAAUAUUUGAGACACUGGACUUCUCAUUUUCACUGACUUCGAGUCAAAGUCAACAAAAUAAAUAUAUAGAUUUUAUCAAAGAAGGUCACUUUAUUAAAUAUAUAAAGUUUUAUACUCUAUAGCAGUGUUUUUCAACCUUUUUUGAGCCAUGGUACAGUUUUUCAUUCAAAAAAAAAAAUCACGAGGCACACCACCAACCAAAAUUUUACUAAAUGACACUUGGUAGCCCCAAAUACAGUUUAUAUUAUGACAAUAUAGUCUCUCUGUUAAUUCAUACUCACCAUGUGUGAAACCUGGGGCUGUAGAUUACAGCACAGACACUUGAGACUUGAAUAUUAUUUGCAGAUAAAUUAUUUUUUUUUAAAAAGUGAAAUUGGAUAAUUUUCAUGGUACACCUAACUAUCUGUCAUGGCACACUGGUUGAAAAACACUGCUCUAUAGCAUGACCUAUUUCAUGAUGUUCUUAUUUCUAGAGAUGCAUCUGCAGGAUGGAAGGCUUUGGUGAGAAAAUGUUGGUUUGUGUUGAUUUUGGUGACCCCAAGUGGACAAAACAGUACCUCUCAUAUUUUAACUGAUUUCUCAUAUACACAGGUGAGAAGUGUUAAAAAAAAGUCUCAUGUAGAUUAUUUUAAAUCCUGGGCUGGACAGGAUUAUGGAGGCAGUCUUACAUCUAUCCUUUGGUGCAUAAAAAGACUAAUAGAAAUAUGAAGCCUUUAGACUAAGAGUCACAUCUGUUUUUAUAGAUGUAGAGGGUGGAGGUGGGAAAAGCAGCCCUCACAGGCUUUAUUACUCUAACAUAUGUUACCUUCCUUCCUGUUCAGGGUGGAACCUGCCGGCCUAUCUCUCAGUGCUGAUCGCUUUCGGGAAUAUUGGACCUAUCGCUGUGACCAUCACACACCACUGUGCUCCGGGACGUUUAAACGAACGCCUCAUCAUUCACUGCAUCCAGCUGCUGGCUGUGGCCGCGUCUGCUCUCAUGGCUGUUUUCUGGUCGCACACCGUCACAGUAGCAGGAGAAGAUAGGUCCCUGCUGUUCCUGCUGUUCACCUUUGUGCUGGCUUUAGUUUGCUGCACCUCCAACGUCACCUUCCUGCCUUUUAUGUUUCGUUAUCCGCCCGAGUACAUCCGCACCUUCUUCAUAGGUCAAGGCUUCAGCGCCUUGUUCCCCUGCAUCGUGGCUUUAGGACAAGGUGUCGGUAAGCUGGAGUGUAAAACUGUGAACGGCACGGUGCAGCCACAGUAUCUGAAAGAGAACUUCCCCGCACAGAACUUCUUCUGGUUCUUGUGUGCCAUGCUGUUCAUCUCAUCGGUGAGUUUCUGGGCUUUAAUACAGAGGCAGACUGAGACGCAAAAAGACGCACUCCCGCAGGGGGAGGACAAUGCAACAGCGGCCAAAAACGGCGAGGAAACACACCCGCUGCAUAACGGAGCCAUGACGCCCGUGUCCGAGGAGCAGGUGCGGGUCGAGGAGCAAAUACAAGUUCAGACGUUUUGGACUCGGAGCAACAUCUACCUGCUGUUGCUGCUCGCUAUCUCCAACGCUCUCACCAACGGGGUGCUGCCAUCUGUGCAGAGUUUCACCUGUUUGCCUUACGACACCAUGACCUUUCACCUGUCUGUGGUCCUCGGGAACAUAGCGAACCCGCUCGCCUGCUUUCUUGCCAUGUUUGUCGCCCUAAGGUCAGAAAAAAGAAUAUUCAUCAGGAACAACAGAAUUAAUACUUGUCAGAUAGUUACUUUUAGGAGUCUUCUUACAAUUAAUUGCGACAGCCGGGUUUUAAUCAUCCUGAUUUCUGUCUUCUAGGUCCUCGGCUGGUCUUGGCUCUUUGUCUUUAGCGGGGGGAGUAUUCGCAGCAUAUCUGAUGGCGUUGGCAGCACUCAGUCCCUGUCCUCCUCUCCGGGAAGGCCUUGUUGGCAAGGCUUUAGUGGUGAGUGUGGACUCUGGUUUAAAGAUGAGACAAAUGAAAUUGAGUUGCAUAAAUAUUUUCCUAUUCUUGUCUGAUAUAACAUUUCAGCAGAUGUAGAAAUAUUAUAAAAAUGUGUGAUUUCCCCACGCCAUUAGCAAUCAUGCGUCCCCAUAUUACCAGGGAUGCUGUGUGCUUUCUUAAAAGACUGUCAAGUUUGUAUUCGUCGGACCUCAAGAGGGUUUUCCUGUUCGCCUCAGUCCACCCUGGUUCGGCUCAGGUUUAGAGAAGUGAAAUGCAAGAGCAAAACAAUGAUCUGGUAAUCUUUGACUGCUGUCAGUCUCCUUACGUGAGCUUACAGACAGAACAGAUGAAACACCGAGAACUCGAUGCCCUCAGCUUGAGAAAACACACAACCCGCACAGCUGUGACAAAAAUCCUGCUCUUGUGUGCCCCCUACAGGUCAUCUCCUGGAUUGUCUUCACCGGCCUCUUCUCCUAUCUGAAGGUGGUCAUUGGGACUUUGCUUCACGAGGCCGGUCACGCUGCCCUGCUGUGGUGCGGCAUCUCCAUCCAGGCCGGCUCUCUGAUCGGAGCCCUCACCAUGUUCCCCCUCAUCAACAUCUACCAUGUGUUUGAGCGCGCUCGGGAGUGUGUGGACGACUGUACCGUUCCUCAUAAUGGGAGCAUUGUGGCGCUGCACAUUGGCCAGGGGAUGUAG